GCACUUACCCAAGUGUCUUGCUUAUUUGAUAACACUGAGCCAUCUAAAGUUUUUGUAACAGAUCGUAAAUUAGCACUUAUAUAUGCAAUCCAUGAUAUAUUUUCAAACUCAAAGAAUAUUCUUUGUAGAUGGCAUAUGGAAAAAAAUAUCUUGACUAAAUGUAAGGAUCAUUUUUGUACUAAUCAAGAAUGGGAAGCAUUUCUUUGUUGUUGGAUAGAAAUUGUAAAAUCAAAGACUGAAGAAGAAUUCUCUAUUUGUUAG